AUGGAAUCUCAAAUGGACUUGGAGCCGAUCACGCUCCUCCUGCAGGAGGUGCAGGCCAUCACCUCGAAUAUGAGGCGUAACCAGAGAUGGGCAAACAGUACCGCUUCCUAUGGCUCCCACCAGUCGUCUCUGCAACCGGCACUCAACAACAAGCUCUUGGCUCGAGCUGCAAGCCGAAGGGGGAGACCAAGUGCAGAGCACGGGGAGAAGGGUGAUUUGAUGGAUGGGUUCAUUGAGCUGAGACGGUUGUUGAGCGCCGUGAAAGACAUCACUGCUCUACCACCUAUAGACCUCAUCGCUCCUUUCCUUGCCCUCAUCCGGUCGCCAUCCACCUCCGGUCCCAUCACAGCAUUAUCUCUUACCUCUGUCCAUUCUAUCCUUACCUCCAUUCUCCCGCUCUACCUCACCCCUGCACCAAAGACAUUCUCCCAGUCCAUGCCCCUCCAGCUCGCAUUGGCCCACACAACAUCGGCCCUUUCACAAUGUCGGUUCCCAAGCUCAUCUCCCCAGCAGGACGAACUCGUCCUCUUGCGCCUACUGCGGGUGAUUGAAGCGCUCACUCGACCCAUUCCCUUGCCGAGCGAUGGCCCGACGCCAUUUGAAUUGGGCAACUAUCUCGAUUACAUGGGCGACGAAUCUGUCUGCGAACUGCUCGAGGUGGGCCUUGGGAUGCUGGCCCGAGCCAGGCUUGGCGAGGGCGUCAGGUCGACUGCCCAAAAUUGUGUGCAGGCGAUUGUGAGAAAUGCGUUCAGAAAGCUGAGGAGUAUGAAACAGAAAGACGUGGAAAAAUUGAUGAAGGACGCGAAAGAGUAUGAGACAAAGAUCGAGGCGAGGGAGACUGCUCUGAAAGAAGCUGCUCAGAAGGAGACUACUGCAGCGAAGGAAGCAGAGAGACAAGGAGAAUCCGAUGCUGAGCCGAAGGAAGGAGCGCAGAGGAUUUCGGUGACCAUCGAAAAGGUCGAUAAUGAGCAGCCCAAAGCCGAGAGAUCUGGAUCCGAAGGCGAGGAGCCUCUCGCGCCCAUGUUUACGCCUUACGGACUCCCAACAAUCCUGGAGCUCUUGCGUGUUCUGAUGGCAUUGUUGGAUCCUCACGACAAUAACCAUACCGAUACCAUGCGUCUCUCUGCGCUGGCUAUCUUGAACACUGCGCUAGAAGUUGGAGGUGUGCAUCUCGGCAAUUGGCCCGAGCUGAGAGAAGGUGUUCGGGACGAGGGCUGCAGAUACCUCUUCCAGCUCACCCGAUCUGAUUCCCCUUCCCUUCUCGCCCAGUCACUUCGAACAACUUCCACCCUCUUCUCCACUGUCCUUCCCCAUCUAAAACCCCAGCUCGAGUUAUUCCUGUCAUACCUCAUUGACCGCCUGACUCCACCCACUCCUCCUCCACAACUGCUCAACGUUCGUCCAGACUCUCAACCUGGUACACCUGGGGUCGGCGGCCCUACUACUCCUGGUUUGGAGACCACACUUGAACCGAGCAGUGCUCCUGCAACUCCCAAAGCGCUUCUCCUGCCCCCAGCUCCUCACGAGACUCGCGAACUCAUGCUCGACACCCUUACUCAACUUGCUCUCCGUCCAUCAUUCAUGGUCGACUGCUGGGUCAACUUUGACUGUAAUACCGAUAGUGAAGAUAUAUUCGAGCGGUUAAUCACUUUCCUGACCAGGGGGGUGUAUCCUCAAGCACCGCCCAAGGCGGACGGGUCUAGUCCGUUCUUUGAGGGCCUCGAUAGUACUCAGUUCUUGUCCCUGGAGAUUCUGUUGGCGUUUGUGGCGUCCAUGGCGGACAGGUUGGAACAAGGCGAUGCGCCGUGGCCGGAAUCUGCCCCCAGAGCCGAAGAUCUCACUUCUGCCAAAGAACGCAAGUCUGUCAUCCUCGCUGGUGCUGCGCAAUUCAACGUCAAGCCCAAGAAGGGCGUUGCUUUCUUGCUGGAGCAGGGUGUCAUCGUGCCCGACCCUACAGGCGAAGGUUCUGAGGAGGAGAAGCAGAAUCUUGCUGUUGCAAAAUUCCUGCGCUGGGGUCCUAGGCUGGAUAAGAAACUGGUUGGCGAGUAUAUCUCUGGCCCCGACAAGGAGCCGCUGCUCAAAGCCUAUAUCGGUCUCUUUGACUUCCAAAGCAAGAGUGUCGCAGACUCUUUGCGAGAGCUUUUGGAGACUUUUAGACUUCCCGGUGAAGCUCAGCCAAUUGCCAGGAUCACCGAGACAUUCGCCGCUCAUUUCUUCUCCUUUGCACCCCCAGGCAUUGCCGACGAGGAUUCCGUCUAUGUCCUCGCCUAUUCCGUCAUCAUGUUGAACACUGAUCUGCACAACCCGCAGAAUAAGAAACGGAUGACACCGGAGGAUUACAAGAAGAAUUUGAGAGGUGUCAAUGGAGGCAAGAACUUUGAAGAGGCGUAUCUGGAUGAGAUUCAUGAGAGUAUCAAGGAGAAGGAGAUCAUCCUGCCAGAGGAACAUGUGGGACAGCAUGGGUUUGAUUUUGCUUGGAAAACUUUGAUGCAGAGGUCGAGGACGUCUGGUCCUAUGAUCAUUUGUAACACUUCGAUAUUUGACGAGGCAAUGUUCAAGCUUGCUUGGCGGCCUCUUAUAUCCUCCAUCGCCUACGCUUUUACAAUGUCUGCUCAAGACGAGCACGUCAUUCAAAAAGCCGUCACGGGAUUCCGUCAAGCUGCUUUGCUUGCUUCGACGUACCACCUUCCAGAGGUAUUCGACAACAUUGUCCAGUCCCUGUCCAAUGCUACAGGGUUGCUCGAUGACACUGAAGACGGCUAUCAGAUGGACAACUACCCCGUCGUCAAGAAGGAAGGGCAAGAAUUGACAGUCUCGCCGCUGUCGAUCAAAUUUGGUCAGAGCUACAGGGCACAGUUGGCGACUGUGGUGCUUUUCACCAUUGCCAAUGGCAACGGCUCAGCCAUGCGAGAAGGCUGGCUCCAGAUCUUUGAAAUGUUCCAAACCCUCUUUUUACACUCGCUUCUCCCUGCACCAAUGCUCCAGAUGGAAGACUUCCUCGCCGGCACAUCAACCAUUCCUCUCAAGGCAGCUGCCCCUGCGCCCGCCCCCGAACGGAGACCAGAGGGCGGUCUCUUGUCGACUCUGUCGAGUUACUUGUUGAGUCCGUAUGGCCAGGCGCCGGAAGGCGUGGUGAUGGAGGCCAGCGAGGAAGAUGUGGAGAAUACGUUGGUGGCUAUCGACUGUUUGAGCUCGUGUAAACUUGAAGAGCUCUAUGCUGAGAUACUAAACCUCCCCGGAGAAGCGCUUCUUCCAGCUCUGCGAGCUAUCCGAACCCUGGCAGAAAGUCGCACCACCGACAAGCUCCAGUCUCCUACAGAGCAGCGGGGUGAGACUGGUUCUCCUGUGUUGGGGGCAAGGUUUGAAGGACAGCUGCCUUAUGACCCAGCUUGCGUGUUCCACUUGGAGAUGAUGGUUAGUUUGGCUAGUAAGGGGACGCAACACAUUGCGGAGACAUGGCCAAUCAUCUUUGAGUACAUCUCGCAAUUGCUCUCCUCUGCGCAAUCCUACAGCGUACUCCUCAUUGAGCGUGCUGUCGUUGGCCUCCUGCGUCUUUGCUUGGUCUGUUCUGAUCAUCCCGAGCUCCGUGACCAGCUUUACAUUGCCUUGGACGUCCUCCGCUCGCUCCCUUCCACAGUUCUCAAUGCCGUAUCCGAGCAACUCAUGGCUGGUGUUGCCCUCGUUCUCGAGAAAGACGCCACUGUUCUCAAAUCCCAAACCGAGUGGAACCUCGUCAUUGCCCUCUUUAGGGCGACUGUCGCUCACCCCGAAGCGAGCAAGGUGACUCUCGAGAUUGUGAAAAAGAUGGCUGCCUCCGGUUCCGUCUCUGGGGACGGAAAAGGUGCGGGUGUGACUGUGGACAACUAUGCAGGAGUGGUGGCGCUUUUGGACGAGUUUGCGACCCAAGCGGGGGCGGCGGCUGCGGGAAGGCAGCAGCAGCAAAGGAGGCCUUCACUUGGUGGACCUCCCUCUGGAAGCUUGGGCCCAACGGUCGAAAGAGGGUUGUCGGCAUUGGACUCUUUGUACGAGUUGCGGAAUGUGAUUCCUGCGUUGAUGGCCGCGAGCGAUUUGACAGAGCACCAAGCUUUCAACGCCUUCUGGCUCCCACCUCUCCUUGUCAUUGGCAAGCAAUGUAUCAACGGCUGUCGGGAAAUCCGCCAAAGAGCCAUUACAUACCUCCAACGAGUCCUUCUUUCCCCUCAAAUUCUCUCUGGAGACGAGUCUACACUCCCCACUGUCUUUGAUCGUGUCCUCUUCCCAGUUCUCGAAGAGCUCUUGAAGCCUCAAGUGUACGAACGGGACCCCAAGGGACUGGCGGAAACGAGACUGAAGGCUGCGACAUUGCUCUGCAAGAUCUUCUUGCAGUAUGUUGUCAAGCUCGUGGAAAGCGGGAGUAGCGAGGCGGUGGCCGGACUGUUUGUCAAGGUGUUGGACAAGCUGGAGAGGUUCAUGCGUGGUGAAAGGGAUCUUCUUAAUGAGGCGGGUGAAUCACUCAAGAAUGUCGUCCUUGUGAUGAACUCUUCCAACCUCCUGUUGGCGCCCACAGUCGCAGGUCAGCCUGAAGUCCGUACAUCAGCCCAGAUAGAGUUGUGGGAGAAGAGCGCAGAGAGGAUAGAGCGGGUGCUUCCGGGAUUCUUGAGAGAGGCUAUCCCGCCUACUGCUCUUCCUGCCGAAGCGGCGCCCCAGCAAGCUGCUCCUGCUCCAGAAAUCAAAAGUGAAAUCGCCGAGUAG